CUUCCGGCCAGCAAAGGCGGCGAGAUGGCGGCUGGUGCGGUCGGGGAGCAGAGCAGCACCAGGGAGAGGCUGCUGGCCGCCUUGGACGAUCUGGAGCUGCUGGCCAGAGAACUGAUUGAAGUUUUGGCAAUUUCAAGAAACCAGAAGCUAGCACAGCCUGGGGAAGAGAGCCAGAUCCUGGAAUUGUUGAUUCAGCGGGAUAAAGAGUUCCAGGAGUUAAUGAAACUAGCUCUUGAUCAAGGGAAAAUCCACCAUGAAAUGCAGGUGUUGGAAAAAGUGGUAGAGAAGAGAGACAAUGAUAUUCAGCAGCUUCAAAAACAACUGAAAGAAGCAGAGCAUAUUCUGGCUACGGCUGUUUAUCAAGCAAAGGAAAAACUGAAAUCAAUAGAAAAGGCAAGAAAGGGAGCUAUUUCUUCUGAAGAAAUAAUUAAAUAUGCUCAUAGAAUUAGUGCCAGCAAUGCUGUUUGUGCGCCUCUGACUUGGGUGCCAGGGGAUCCUCGAAGGCCGUAUCCAACUGAUUUGGAGAUGAGGAGUGGUCUUUUGGGUCAGAUGAACAAUCCUUCAGCAAAUGGAGUUAAUGGACAUUUACCAGGGGAUGCACUUGCAGCCGGAAGAUUGCCAGAUGUACUUGCACCUCAGUAUCCCUGGCAAUCAGGUGACAUGUCAAUGAACAUGCUUCCUCCUAAUCAUAGCAAUGACUUUAUGUUAGAACCUCCUGGACAUAAUAAGGAGAAUGAGGAUGAUGUGGAGGUUAUGUCAACAGAUUCUUCAAGUAGCAGUAGUGACUCGGAUUAGGGACUGCGUCUGAAUCAGUUGAUUACUGUGCCAACGAAAGCAGACUGUACACCACCACUAUACACAUUCUGCAGCCCAGGUGGAGGCUGCAGUACCAAGCAGGAAACUUUUCACAUUCAUGAGAACCUUUCUCUUGUAUUUGAUGAAUAUGAGGUUAUCCCAGAGUUUCAGAUAAUUGUUGGAAUAAUGCUGGAGGUAGACGCUGGAAAUACGUUGUCUUCUGACACAUUUUGGUAUGUGUUUGCUCAUAAAAAUAUGUUUUUGCACAAGGUAAGUAUCUCUUGAGAAGUUGCAAAAGGUAGCUGUUGCUUGAGUGCAGAGUAACACUUCUAUAAACAGCAAGGAGGGAAUUGUUACCGAUUCCUUGAUACAUUUUUAUGGUGGGUCUUCCAGUCUUUCAGAUGGAUCUUCAAGCGGCAUAGGAGGAGAUGUGGGAGAAAAUUCCAUCCUUCUACCCCAUCAACAGAAGCAUUCCAUGAGCAAAUGUCUGCUAGUGGAUCUCCAGAUCUAAUAGUCUUUCUGAUUGCAUAUCGGAAAGGAUUAGGUAUUUAGAUGAGACUUCCCCAGCCUGGUACUUUCCAUGUGCAUUCGCUUGUAAUAUUGCACCAGCACUACCACUUCCUAGGCUUUUUGUGAUGGGAGUUGUAGUCCAAUACACAGGAAUACGAGGGUGUAAAAAACUGGUUUUGCAUGAAUUUAUUAGUAGGAUUCACUCACAACCAGAUUGUGUAUGUUUAUAUCAAAUAAAAACUUAAAACUAA